GCUGGGCCCGGCUUGUAGGUCCCCCACAUAAGAACCUCGGUCCCAUGGCUCCCACUUGUAACUUGUAACAAGACUCUCUCUCCCUCUCUCAUGGUUUAGCACUUUAGUUUUAGAUUGUGCGUCUAUAAAAGCCACCUCUUGGUCUUCGCAUUUCUCCCAAACUAUCUCGUCUCUUCGAACACUUCAAAAAACAUAGCAACUUCACUUCUUCCUCCUCCUUCCUAGUUUCUCGUUUGGUCUCAUUCUCUUUAAUUACCUCCUCCUCUGUUCUGCUCAUCCCCUGUUUUUAUAGUUUUAUAUAAAAUGGUGAGCCAAAACGUCGUCGUAUCAGACGCCAAGACCGGGAUCAUAACGGUCUCUACAGUCUCUAACUCCUCUGUCUUUACUCCUACCGCUCAAAAACCACCGACUGCUCCUGGUUACAUCUCAGUUUCCAAGAAAAAACUCCUCAAAAACCUUGAAAUCAAUGGAGCUGAUCAAAGUCAAAGACUUAACUCUUGGGUUGACUCCAUGAGAGCUUCUUCUCCUACCCAUCUCAAAUCACUUUCCUCUUUCUCUUCCGAAGAAGAACACAAUUCUUGGAUCAAACGACAUCCAUCAGCACUUAACAUGUUCGAACGAAUCAUCGAAGAAGCAAGAGGAAAACAAAUCGUCAUGUUUCUUGAUUAUGACGGUACUCUUUCUCCGAUCGUGGAUGAUCCAGACAGAGCUUUCAUGACUAGCAAGAUGAGAAGAACAGUGAAAAAAAUGGCUAAGUGUUUUCCAACUUCCAUAGUUACUGGUAGAUGCAUCGACAAGGUUUAUAGCUUUGUGAAGCUAGCAGAACUGUAUUAUGCUGGAAGCCAUGGGAUGGAUAUUAAAGGCCCAACUAAAGGUUUCUCAAGAUACAAUAAGGAUAAACCAUCCGUUCUUUACCAACCAGCCGGCGACUUUCUUCCCAUGAUCGAUGAGGUUUAUAAACAAUUAGUGGAGAAAACCAAAUCUACACCAGGAGCCAAAGUGGAGAACAACAAGUUCUGUCUUUCUGUGCACUUCCGUUGUGUUGACGAGAAGAAAUGGAGCGAGCUGGCUUCAAAAGUUCGGUCGGUGGUAAAGAACUAUCCGACGUUGAAACUGUCUCAAGGUCGAAAGGUUUUUGAAAUCCGACCUAUAAUUAAAUGGAACAAAGGCAAGGCUCUUGAGUUUUUGUUAGAGUCACUCGGAUUUGAAAACUGUAACGAUGUAUUUCCAAUUUACAUUGGUGAUGAUAAAACCGAUGAAGAUGCAUUUAAGGUAUACAUUACAAAUGAAAAUUGUGAAUCUUAAAAUGCUUUUAAUAUUUUGAAUUUGUGUAAAAAUAGCCAAAACAUCAGGUUUAACAAAAUUUUACUCCCAAUAUAGAUUUUGAAUUUGGUAUUACUAAUUGUGUUUUAAUAUAAAUUAGCUACUACGAGGGAGAGGACAAGGCUUUGGUAUUCUUGUCUCCAAGUUCCCCAAAGACACCAGUGCGUCGUAUUCUUUACAAGACCCACCUGAGGUGAUGAAUUUCUUGGGACGGUUGGUGGAGUGGAAACAGAUGCAGCAAUAAACGUGCAAGGGGCAAUGAAGUACAUUUAGUAGUCUUUUUAAUAAAACGAGAAUAUUCAUAACUAUAGGUGCAUAUAUAGAUAUAAUAUGUACAUCCCUAACCUAUAAUGGAACAUUGUACAAGAUCCUCUUAUAGAUUGAUCUUGUUCAUCACAAAUCUUUUCUUUUAGUAAAAGAGAUUAUAUGAACAAGAAAAAUGGGGAACUUUUAUCGAUUUGGGGAUAUAUUAUUAUAGCCUUCUAUCUUUAUUGCUUGUAGGCAAUUUCUUACUUUUCAAGUUAGGCUAUUGUAAGGGAAAGGGGUAUAUGUAGUUGAUACCUUUUGUAAAAUCAUAAUGCAAAUGUGUAUCAUUUUAUGAAAUGAUAAUAUUUUAGUUACUGUAUUUGUCUUCAAAAUUUCUAAUGCUUUUUGUUUCAAACUAA